AGAAAAUGUUAUAUAAGCCAUUUGAUAUCACUUCCAUUUUCUUUUUCUUUCUACUAUUCUUAAAAUUAUUAUUUAAAAAAAAAUGCAUGACAAUCAUAAUCCACCACCAACACCUGUUAUCAUGCUUCCCAUGACAGAAGCUGAUAAACAACGUCUUGGUAUACCAAAUAACCAUCCUCAUCCUCAGCAUCCUCAUCAUCAUGGUGCUGAAAUGCAUAUGAUGGCAGCUCCAAUGGGUGCAAUAAACAAUAGACCUCCAAAUGUAGGCGGUAUGGGUCCUAAUUUUGUAUUUAAUUUUAGUCAACCUCCUGGAUAUGGUCCUAUACCGAUGCCUGUAGCUAUAGCCGAGACCAGUCCUCCAGAAGAAAAGGUAGUUCUAGUUCAAGGUGAGCCUACAUGGAGAAAUCCACGUAGAGUUGCAAAACAGGGAGAACCAUUAAAGCCAGAACCAUGUAUCAUUCAAUAAUACAAAAAAAAAAAAAGAAAAAGAAAAGAAACUUAAUUCUAAUUUAUAGAUGCAU